CAGUAUCUAUAGACUCAGAGUGGACACGUUGACACGUGCAACACUAUUUCCAAUCUGACAAUUUUUGUCCAUCAGGUUCCUCCAAGCUACUGGUCUUCAUCUUCAGACUACAGACCUCAGAUUCCAAAAGGAUGUUGGAUGUUUUAAUAAUUGGAGGAGGUCCUCAUGCUCUUACUCUAGCAACUCUGUUAUCAAACCCUGAGCAACUUCUCCACCAAUCCAGUGCUGACAUCCUUCAAGGAAUUCAGCUGAGCAAAACGAAAGUGAAACGUUCACGCCACAAAAACAAGGAGAGGCAACCCACCACACCAGUGUUCGAGGGAAAGAAUGAGGAGAAACGUCUACCAUGUCCUCCACUGCACUUCAAGGUGGUGGAUUCUUAUGGAAAGUGGACAUCACUGUGGGAAAGCCAGUUUACAGGCCUGAACAUCCCUCACCUCCGAUCACACAUGCUGGUGCACACUGAUCCAUUCAAUAAGAAGGCCUUGCAGGAGUUUGUGGUGGAGCAAAAUCGGCUGGAGGAACUGCGUGGUCUACCUGAGAAAAUGUAUAUUCAGGACGAGAAUGCAUUUUUUAAUGACAACCGCCUGGGAAAAAGGGACAAAAAGCUUCUAAGCGCAACCAACGGCCUGCAGAAGAAUCUGUACUUCAGUCUGCCAGGAACACAGCUCAGUGUAGACUUCUUCCAGCAGCAGGUACGCAAAUAUGACCUGAACAGUGUCCUCAUCAGAGGCACAGUGGACCGAAUCGUUCCAGUCCUAUUUGAGGAUGAGAUCAAGGUGAAGUUUUUCAGGGUGACACUACACACUGGGGAAAAUAUAGAGGCAAAAAUGGUUGUCAUGGCAACGGGACCUUCCAGGGCACAGAUGGCAAACAUACCAUCUUGGGUGCAGGCGAUCCAGGAGAGCUACCCAGAGGACAGUCUGCAACAUACCGUGCAGCUUAUGCAUUACUCCUGUGCACAUGAAGAUAUGGGCGAGACCUCAGCAGGUCCUCCUCCUGUGUGCCAUAUGGGCCAGAGAGUGAUGGUGGUAGGUGGAGGUCUGUCCAGCGCCCACAUUAUCUCAAUUGCGCUGAAGCAGGGUGCCCGUCAUGUGACCUGGGUCUUACGUAAACACUUACAGCUGAAGCAGUUUGACGUUGGGGACAUUGAGAGUCUGAUUGGACGCUAUUCACAUGUUGAACAUGGAAUCAAGAUGGAUGGCCUGGCCUACCUAAGGCAGUUCUAUAAUGAACGGAGUAUUCACAAGAGGCUAGUGAUGAUAAAACAGGCCAGGAAAGGAGGAGCGGUGACCCCCGAGGCCUACGCACAACUCCUGCCUUUUGUUCAAAGUGGCCAGCUUCUGGUCAAAGCUCACUGCCAGGUGACUGAGGCUAAAUGGUGUUAUCAGUCUCAGAGUUGGAGGGUCUCCCUGUGCACUGGUGAACAGUGGAACGGAGAAAAGAUUUGGCUGGCGACAGGCUGCAAACUGGAUGUUAACCAAGACCCUUUACUCUCUGACGUCAGGACAAAAUUCCCCAUUCAAGUAUUGGAGGGCUGGCCAUGCAUAACAGAAUCAUUACAAUGGACACCAGGAUGUCCCCUGUACCUGAUGGGACAAUAUGCAGCACUUCAGGUUGGGCCUCAUGCUGUAAACCUUGCAGGAGGUCAAGCUGCAAGUAUACGCAUAUUCAAAAACAUCAUGGCUCAACACAGUGGAUUGGAUGAGAGUGCAUCAGCAAGGACGGAGAGGACAAGGACCGAAGAGUUCAUAUCACACAUGCACGGCCUCAUGUGGUUGUAAAAUGUCCACACAGACGCCAAGUGGCGUCUAGUUUACAUAGUUACUAGUAAGAAUGCAAUUGCAGAGAAUGCAAGAAUGUAAUUGGUGAGCUUUGUAAUUUAAUUGCAAAGUGGGUGUGGUGUAGUGGUCUAAACACAUAACUGGUAAUCUGGUAAUCAGAAGGAUGCUGGUUCGAGCCCCACAGCCACCACUAUUGUGUCCUUGAGCAAGGCACUUAACUCCAGGUUGCUCCAGGGGGGAUUGUCUCUGUAAUAAGGGCUCUGUAAGUCACUUUGGAUAAAAGUGUCUGCCAAAUGCAUAAAUGUAAAUUGCAGAGCUCUGCAAUUGCAUCCUUACUAGUAAAUAUACAAACAGAGGGCUCUGUUAUUGGAAUUCUUACUAGUAGAAAAUCUAUUGUAGUGUUCUCUAAUUGAAAUAUUACUAGUAAAAGUAAUUACGAGUAAGGCUGGGAGCCUUAAAAGCUAAAUCAGCUUGCCAUAGUGGAAGCUUUAUAAGGGAAAAUGCUGAGAACAGGCUUGAAAUAUCAUGUUCUGCUCACAAAUAAAUAAAUACAGUUUUGUCUUGUUUAAUUGAUCUCAUGGGAAAAUGCAUAGUCGUUAUGUGUGGCUGAAAAUUGUGCAUAGUGGCACUGUAGUGAGAAUGAUCUGCGCAAGAAGUCAUGACAAUCCCAAAAUGACAACAUAUAUAGCACACACUUGUCUCAGGUGAACUCAAAUGAACUGCAAGAGUGAAUUAUAUUGCAUUGUAGAGUUGUUUCUAAAUAAAUGCAUGUCUUGAUUUGCUUUUGACCAGCUGUCGUGCAUAUGUACCAUCCUAGAGAUCUAUAUCUGCAGAUCUAUGGAGUGGUGGUGGUGUAGUGGGCUAAAGCACAUAACUGGUAAUCAGAAGGUUGCUGGUUCGAUCACCACAGCCACCACCAUUGUGUCCUUGAGCAAGGCACUUAACUCCAGGUUG